CUGUGAAAGAACAGACAGGUUUAACAUAGGGUUAAAGAGGGGAGGGGUGUUAUCAGACUCCCUAUCCCUUGCUACCUCUCAAGCAUGUCCUAAGCUCUCUCUCUGUCUCCCUUCCUCAGCCCUAGGAGCUUUAUAGAGGGGAAAAAAGUCCCCAGUGGAUGUUAAGAACACAGAAAUUAGUGGAUUAUAAAGGGAUAUCCAUUUUAGGGUAAAGGAAACAGAAGUUCCUCUCCACUAUCUGAUCCAUAGUAUCUUCAUUCCCAGCACAGACAUGGAUGUAGGGAGAAGUAUGGAGCUCCAAAAGAUGAACGGGCAACAUAGCAGAGACCUUGGCCCAGAUAAGCUCAAUUUAGAAGAAGGGUUUGAUGGUCUGGAGUUUAUGGCGGAGCGGGAUGAGUUCCUGCCAGGGACGAGGCCAGGAAUAAAGGCAACUCAGUUCACUGAUUUUGAGGGUAAGACAUCAUUUGGAAUGUCCAUCUUCAAUCUCAGCAAUGCCAUCAUGGGCAGUGGAAUUUUGGGAUUAGCAUAUGCCAUGUCCAAUACCGGUAUCAUCCUCUUCCUUAUCCUGUUGCUAUUCAUCGCCAUUUUGUCAGCCUAUUCCAUCCACCUCCUCCUGAGAAGUGCAGGAGUUGUAGGCAUCCGUGCCUAUGAGCAGCUAGGGCAUCGUGCCUUUGGACAACCAGGCAAAGUUUUGGCGGGCUCCAUCAUCACCAUGCACAACAUUGGAGCGAUGUCCAGUUACCUCUUCAUUGUGAAGUCUGAGCUCCCGUUGGUCAUGCAGGCCAUUCUGGGCCUGACGGAAAAUACUGGAGAGUGGUAUUUGGAUGGGAGAUACCUGAUCAUCAUUGUAAGCGUCAUCAUCAUCUUUCCACUCUCACUCAUGAGACACCUUGGUUACCUUGGUUACACCAGUGGCUUUUCUCUCUCCUGUAUGGUUUUCUUCCUCAUCUCGGUGAUCUAUAAGAAAUUCAACAUCCCGUGUCCACUGGAGGAAAUAACCCGUCACAGUAACCACUCAGCGUACGCCCUGAUGGAGAGUCAUGGUAACCACUCAUUCGUCACCCCGGCCUACGUCAAUUCUGAUGUGGACUUCUGUGAACCACAGCUAUUCACCAUCAACACGCAGACAGCAUAUACCAUCCCUAUCCUGGCUUUUGCUUUUGUCUGCCAUCCUGAGGUGCUUCCCAUCUACACAGAGCUGCAAGAUGCCACCAAGAAACGCAUGCAAACAGUUGCCAACAUCUCCAUUCUGGCCAUGUUCGUCAUGUACGGGCUGACCGCCAUCUUCGGUUACCUUACCUUCUUUGGUGGAGUAGAGUCCGAGCUCCUUCAUACAUACAUUAAAGUGGACCCCUUGGACACACUGAUUCUGUGUGUGCGUAUGGCUGUGCUGGUGGCUGUUACUCUUACUGUCCCUGUGGUUCUCUUUCCGAUCCGCAGGGCCCUGCUGCAACUGCUGUUCCCUGAGAAGCCCUUCCACUGGGCUCGACACAUCACCAUCGCUGUGUGUCUCCUUAUCAUCGUCAAUCUACUGGUCAUCUUCGUGCCCACCAUCCGAGACAUUUUCGGUAUCAUCGGGGCGACCUCUGCACCCAGCCUGAUCUUCAUCCUCCCGGGAAUCUUCUACAUCAGGAUUGUUCCUGAAGAAACGGAACCUCUAAAAUCCAAACCAAAGAUUAUGGCUUCCUGUUUUGCCGUCUUAGGCUUCAUCUUCAUGGUGAUGAGUACGUCAUUCAUCAUUAUUGAUUGGGUGUCCGGAGAGUCUCGGAGUGGAGGCGGACACUAGCAACAGACAACAAUAAACAAGAAUACCAAAAUGCCAACCAAAGCUCUCCCAAACAUCAAAUUCUCCCCGACGUGCCCAUUAUUUGACCAUAUCCCAAUGACAGGGUCUCGGCUGGAUAUGGAAAAUAAUAUAUACUGAACAAAAAUAUAAACGUAAAUGUAAAGUGUUGGUCCUAUGUUUCACGAGCUGAAAGAAAAUAUCACAGAAAUGUUCCAUAUAUUUUUAUUCAGUGUAUAAUUUAACUUCCCCCACAAGAUGGCAUUAUGCUCCAUGUGGUGAAGAAACAGAACCAGCAGCACAACAAUACAAAGCAACAGUUCUGAGGUGACAAACAUUGUGGUUUGCUUUCAGGAUGUUGUUUUGAGGCACUAGUUUAGUUGUCACUGGGACAACCGGUUUAAGUGAAAUGUGUACUAUUUUGACACGAGAAACAAUGAGAAAUCAUUGUAAUUGUCUUCUAAGGGUAAGGAUAGUAUUUUAUAAGUGUACCAAUAAAUGGCUUCAUCAUUGCCAAAGUCAUCAUUACCUUCCUCAUCUACCUCCCUUGAAUCUUCAGUGAGAUAUUUGUACACGUAAGGAAAUAAAAUGCAUCUAAUAUUCUGGCAUUCUGCAGAAUUUCUCUUUCUGGUAAAGUUCGACUUUUCAAACAAGAUUACAGAAUGUUAUGUAAUUUGCUCUAUUCCUGUCAUUCAUUCAGCAAUGACUGUGUGUUAUUUUUAGUGCUAUCAAAUCCAGUGUUUUUGCCCUAUGCUCAUAUACAUAGUGAUAGGUGUAUUGAUUCCAGAGCCUCCAGAUGUGAUCAUUCUUGUUAGUUGUUCCAUGAUUCCAAACUCAUGUUAGGAUAACAGUCAGAGAUGUUCCUAUGAGUGCAGUUAUCAGCAGUGAUAAUGCCAGAAACCCUCCCAAUUAUUCAUGACUGUUUAAUUUUCAAGCUUUAAUUUAAACUCUAUGUCCAGUAACUUGAAUUGGAUUUUUAAAACUUUUCUAUUGUUUAUAUCUAUUAUGUUGUAUAUACAAAACAUGUACUCCUAGUCAUCAUGAAUAUGAAUGGAAAGGGCUGUUUGUGUGAGAAUACACGCUAAUGUCCACUCAACACAAACAAAUACUGACCUCAGCUUCGCUAGUCAGUCAGACUCAAGAGCAGAAGUAGUACAAUGUCUCCUGCUAUCUUUAGACUUGGCUUUUCUGAGUAAGUCUGUGAGAUCUCAGACAAACUGAGUCCUGUAUCAGACAUGGUAAGCUGAACUAUGGACCAACAUUUUUUAGAGAGAAUGGAGUCUGUUUUUUGUUUUUUUUUGGUCUUAAAAAAAUGUAUUUGUUAUUUAUCCAUUAAAAGUUUCAUGUAAUUAAAUGUUUUGAAUCUGA